CUGAUCCUCUUACAGCACCUCUUUUUCAUUACUAUUUUUGAGUAAGGCAUGGAAAAAUUGAAGCCACUUUCCUAUUUAAGUACUAAAUCUAUUAUACAAUAUUUUGAUCCGAUUUUACGAUUCCACCUUUCCCAACAAUACCCAUCUCUUCUUUCAACCGAAAGAUCUGUGCCACUCCGCCUGGAUUCAUUAAAAUUAGGCGGCAAUAGUGAUUCAGUCAAUAGUAUUAGAUGCGAAUUAGCUGUAUAUCGGCACGGAGGCCGUCUUUCUAAAAAAUUCAAACUGGACGUGACCGAGGAUGGAAAAGUUGAUAUGAAUAUUGUUGUGGUGGAAGGUCUUGGGGAAAUUCUCGUAGACUUGAGAGGAAAUCGAGAGAUAAAUACUGCCGAUGUUAUGAAAAUAUUCGGGGGGAGAGGUCUCAUUAUUGUUGGCACACUUUCCAUCGGAUGUCGAGGGAUACUGCGGAUACCGUCAAGAUUGAAGUUUGAGAUCCGUGACUUGGAAUUAGGAAGUGAGGAUAAUAUUAAGCUCUUUGAGGAGAUCAAGCCAUUGCUGCAUCUUACUUCUUUUCCUCUAAACUAUUUUUCUCUCUUCAACAGCUAUAACUUGAGGUACGAAGAUCCAGUUGUUCAAUCCACUGGUGUUCUUAUCUUCAAAAAUAUUUCUUCCUUUGAUAAUAAUGAGCUCGAAAAUUUAAAUGAGCUCCGUCACAAGCGAGCUCACUUAUCGUUCGACCGUUAUUUCGAGUUGCAAAUAAUCGUAGGACUCAUUGGCAACUGGAUUAAAUUUGGACGAGAUAUUGGUACUUAUUAUUCAGUUGAAUUGCAAGCAAAAAACAAAGGAUCGGAGGUUUUGGAGAUUAUUAAAAGAAAUCACGAAGAGAGGAUUAUUGACCGACCUAACGAGGAUCCGAACAUCGUCCUACUUCGUAUGAACAAUUUAUUAGCUCUUUAUAUCAGCUACGAGUUUUAUGAAAAGUAUUGUUUAAUGCAUUUCAGAGUUCAACCUCGAUACUGAUAUUGAUAUUUUUUGAAUAAAUAAAUAAUUGUGUACAG